UAAAUACCUAUAGUGUACUUUUGUGCUAGAAGCUUAAAAGCUUUUUAGAAAUUAUAAAGUUAUUGGAUUAUUUUAACCAUAUGCCAUUAAUCUAAUGAAAAGAAAUAAGAAGCAAAAAAUUGUAGAAAAGCUUUGAAUGAUAGUGAGUUUGAGCAUUUGUGGCAGGAAAUUUCAAAAGCAUUGCUUGGUCUAGGUAUUCAACAAACUGAAAUAGAUGAAUUAAAGAAAGCUCCUCUCGGUAAUGAUGAAGUAAAAUAUAUUGAAAUAUUGAAAAGCUCGUGUAAUGCAGAAGAUGUGGAAGGAUUGAGAAAAGAUGUUGCAGAAAACAAAAAAAAUGUUAAUGAAAUGAAAAAAUAACGUGAAGAAACUUAAAGAAAGCAUGUCAACAAAAGCUGAUGUAGCAGAAAUGAAACAAGAGUUGGCAACCAAAUCAGAAUUAAUAGAAGCAAAAGAAAUGUUACGGGGGAAAACAUGUUUGAAUCUUGCGAAGUGUAAUUUGAAAGGUCUUAUAGAAGAGCUUAACAAGAAAUACUUUUAAGACACUAGAAAAUGGUUAUUUGAAAAACUCGACACUUGGUUUAACGAUAGAAGUGAAGAUGCUUCUAAUGUUAUGAUUUUGAUUGCCGGUCCUGGCGUUGGUAAAAGUGUUUUUGCUGCUGAGGUGUGUCGACGAUAUUCUGAAAAGAAGAAACUUGCUGUUUCUCAUUUCUGCAGAUAUAAUAGAGCAGAUGAGAGGAAUCCUCGAAUGUUGAUAGAAUCAUUAGCUAAUAGCAUGUGUGAUACAAUAUCAAAUUUUAAAAGUAAACUGAAUGAAGAAUUACAGAGAAAACAUUCCUACGAAUCAGUCACCGAUGCAUUCCGUGUUUUAUUAAAUAAUCCAUUGCAUUCAUUGGUUGGUCUGGGUAUUCAACAAACUGAAAUAGAUGAAUUAAAGAAAGCUCCCCUUAGUUCCGAUGAGGCAAAUUAUAUUGAAAUGUUAAAAGAAUGGUAUAAAGCAGAAGAGCAGUUAAUCGAUGUCACUGAAAAAAUCAAAGAAGAUGUGAAAGUAAUGAAUAGAAAUGUUGUAGAGAUGGCAACAAAAGUUGCGAACAUAAAUGAGGAUGUAAAGAAAACAAAAGCUUAUGUAGCAGGAGUGAAAAAAAUGUUACAGGACAAAACAUAUUCAGUUGUCGAAAAGCUUGGAAAGUGUAAUUUUAACGGUCUUAUAAAAGAUCUUAACAAGAAAUACCUUGAAGGCACUAGACAAUGGUUAUUUAAAAAACUCGAUACUUGGUUUAACGAUAGAAGUGAAGAUGCUUCUAAUGUUAUGAUUUUGAUUGCCGGUCCUGGCGUUGGUAAAAGUGUGUUUGCUGCUGAGGUGUGUCGACGAUAUUCUAAAAAGAAGAAACUUGCUGCUUCUCAUUUCUGCAGAUUUAAUCGAUCAGAUGAGAGGAAUCCUCGAAUGUUGAUAGAAUUCACCGAUGCAUUCUGUGUUUUAUUAAAUAAUCCAUUGCAUUCAUUAAAAGAUCAUAAGCCAAUGCUUUUGGUUAUUGAUGCCUUAGAUGAAAGUCAAGUUGAUGGCAAAAGUGAAUUGUUGGAAUUGAUUGUAGAAGAGUUUGAUCGACUGCCUAAAUGGAUUAAAAUCUUCUUCACCAGUCGUCCAGAACUUCCUGUUCAAAAGGAGUUGAACGUCAUGAAUCCUGUGGAAAUAAAAACUAAGCCUCGAGAUAAAAACAACGAAAAAGAUCUGCACAAGUAUUUUGAACAUGAGUUGAACAUGAGCGUGAAAAAGUAUUUGAGACAUCAGUUGAAUGAUCGGGUGCAGGAAGAUCCCUUCGCUCUAUUUCCAUUAGUUGAAAAAUGUGAGGGAUCAUUUCUUUAUGCGUAUUACGCACAACUGAGCUUGAAAGAACAAAAUAUUGAGCUUACUCAGAAAAACAUUCGACAAUUGGUCCCUAGUGGGUUAAGCGGUGUUUACACAAAGCAAUUCAAAAGAGUAAAAGAAUUGUUAACGAAGAAAAGUCCCAGAAAUUCUGUUAUCGCAGAAAAUACUUUCACGCAAUUUCUUGAAUUGUUGGCUCCCUGUCGGGAGUUUUUACCAUUAACUUUAUUGUUUAGCUAUUUAGGUUUGUCUGGUGACAUCAAGUUUGAAGUCCGCAGUAAAAUCAUUGAACUGUUAUCUCAAAUUUGGCCAGUUUACGAUGAUUGUUUAACCGUGUAUCACAAAUCUCUAAUUGAUUGUUGGGCAGUAGAUGUCAAAGUGGUUUAUGCGAGGUUAAUGUGUGUGGAAGACUUUAACUUUUAUACCAUUGAGUCUGAAUUGUUUGAAAUCAUUAAGGAAGUACGAACUUUCUUGAAAAAAGAUGUACUUGAGGAAGUACUAUUUCAUUUCUUUAUGACAAGAAAGGUGUCAAAUAAGUUUGAUGAAAGCUUAAUUUAUUUACAAAUUAUUGCAAACAGAAUUCAUGGCAGUAACGAAAAAAGAUUAUUGGCAAAGGACUUAUUGAAACAAGGAAAGCUUGUUUGGUUUGAGGAUUUAGACUCAACAUAUUUAACAAACCAUGAUCAUUUGACUGAGUCCUUGCUUGCUAACGUUACAUCUCUUUGUGUGUCGUCCAAUGAAGAACUUCUUGCUAAUUCGAACAACGAUGCACUCUCGGCAAUGCACUCCAUGAUUCAAGGUUGGAUAAGUGGGAUGAUGUAG